AUGUGUAAAGAAAAGUAUAUUCUAAAUGUCUCCGGUGAUCUGGACAUAAAUACAGCUGCGGUUGCCGGUGCAGUUUCUGUUGGUAUAGGCUACUCACAAUUAGAGGAAUUACUGUCAGCGAUCGAUUUACCUAUGAUGACUGAGCCUCUGUACCAAAAACAGCACGAGUUUGUUUCUAACGCCUGGGAAAAAGCACUUGAUCAAUCCAUGCAAGAAGCCGCAGAAGAAGAAAAAAAGAUUGCUUUAGAAAAAGGUCGUGUGACCACUGAUGGCAUACCUAUUAUAGAUGUUAUUGUUGAUGGAUGCUGGAGUAAGAGGUCUUAUAAAAAGAAUUACUCAGCACUUUCAGGAGCUGCUGCCAUAAUCGGAAAAGAAACGAAAAAAAUUUUGUUUCUCGGUGUUAAAAAUAAGUACUGCAGCAUAUGUGCGCAAGAUUGUAACAAAAAUCAAACUCCGAGAGCUCAUCAGUGUUACGAAAAUUUCACGGGUGCUUCUACUGCCAUGGAAUCAACCCUGAUAGUAGAAGGUUUUAGAUCAUCUGUUGAAAUGUACGGUCUGAUUUAUGGACGUCUAAUAUCUGACGGAGAUUCUAGCACGUACUCUAAAAUAUUAGAAGCAAGACCUUACCCUCAAUUUACAGUUGAAAAAGUAGAGUGCAGAAAUCACCUUUUAAGAAACUUGUGCAACAAACUGGAAAACCUGAUCACAGAUACAAAAUAUCCCAUACAUCUUAGAAAAUUAAUUACGAAAAAACGCAUAAUGACUAUUAGGUCCACAAUUAGAAAAUGCAUCAAAAAAUAUCAUGAUUCUACAGAGACUAUAGAUUUUUGCACUCACAAACUUUUUGAGGACAUUCAAACUGUACAUUUACAUGCCUUCGGGAACCACACCAACUGUAAAAACUAUUUCUGUAAUUGUCGUCAAACUGAAACUGAAUCAGUAUUGGCGGAUUUUUUCACAAGUUCUUUAUGGCAGAGAAUAUGUUUUAUUAUAAAUAGUAUUGCUGGCCAUUCAAGAAGUCUUGUUCAUGAUAUUGAUAGUAACAUCGUAGAAUGUUUUCACAGCGUUGUGGCCAAAUUAGUUGGGGGUAAAAGAGUAAAUUACUCUCUGAGGCGCGGCUAUCAAACUAGGUGUUCAGCUUCUGCAAUUACGUUCAAUACUAAAAGAAAACCUACUACAAUAUUGUACAAAACAAUUGUUGGCAAAAGCCCUAAAGGCCGAAUGAGCACUUUAGAUAAUAAGUAUCGGAAACUUAGAGGCUUGAAGAAACGCGCCAAUUAUAAAAAGCCACAGAAGACGUGUGACGCUAUAACUCAAAAUAAAGAUUAUGGUGAACAAAGCUCUAAGCCGGAUGUGAGUGAUGAUAUUCUUAAUUUAAUGAAGGAAACUUUUAUAUCCACUUUAAAAAAAAGUGAAGAAGAAAGAACACGGAUUGAGCGGCAGACCAUUUUGCAAAGCGAGUCUAGCGAAUGGCUUGAACUUAGACGUUCUUUGUUGACAGCUUCGAACUUUGGCAAAGUGAUCAAAAUGAGGCCAGAUACUAGUUGUGCCAAUAUAGUAAAGCAAUUGCUAUACAAAAUUAAUAUAAAUGCUGCUCCUAUGCAGCACGGAAGAGAAUAUGAAAAAAAAGCGCUACAACAAUUAUCUACGCAAGAAGCACUGGAUAUAAGACCUUGCGGGCUUUAUAUAGAUCCCGAAAUUCCGUAUUUGGGGGCCACACCAGAUGGGAUUAUAGACGAAGAAACAAUAGUGGAGGUUAAGUGUCCAAUAACGGCAUUUAAGACAGGACUAGAGGAAGCUAUUACAAAAAAAAAAGUAAAUUUUUGGAUUAAAGACAAAUUAGGUAAUUUAAAGAUAAAUAAAAAUCACAACUGGUUCUAUCAAGUACAGGGGCAGUUACACGUGACUCGGAAAGCAAAAUGUGUAUUCGCUGUAUGGUUCAGUGAGUCGCAACCACUGAAAACGGAAGUCAUUUAUAGGGAUGAUGAUUGUUUUGAAAAUAAAAUGAAGUCAAAGUUAUGUAAUUUUUAUUUAAAUUGUAUAUUGCCUGAAAUUUUAGACCCCAGACAUACCAGAAAUAUGGAAAUACGUAAUCCAAUCUAUAUAAUUGAAGCCAUAAAGAAAAAAGAAAAGAAACAAAAACUUGAAAUCUCCAAGAGGAAAAUACAACGCAUAAUUCCAAUUGCUGAGCAGGCAAACACAACGCUUUCCUCCUUAUAUCAAGAAUCGACACGAUCAUCAACACCAGUAAUUCCAGAAGCGGAUCAACCAACCUGUUCACGAUACUUGGAUUAUAAUGAAUUUUAA